GAGUUGUCAUCGUCAGACUAUGACCCUCACGUCACAUUGGAGUUAUUAAAGGAUGUACCCCAGGCUUAUGUUAGGAAAUCCCCAACUCAUUUUGACCCUAAUGACCUUAUACCAAAUGAAGGUAAAAUUGAUGUAGUUGUUGAGGAUUCUGGUGAUCAGUCAGUGAAGGUUUUACGUCUGGCAGCAACUACA